AAAACACAGCCAUGACAGAGUCCACAGAGGAGUACAGGCCAUUCGCAGCACAGCUGUCCAAUGUUUACCUCACCAUCCUGUCGCUCUUCUGCUUCAAACUUUUCGUUAGAAUUACACUUAAUCUCCUCACACAUUUCUACAUCAUCAAAGGCAACCGCAAGGAGGCUGCCCGGAUUUCAGCUGAGUUCUAUGACAAUGGUCAAGGGCACGGGUCUUGGGCAGACCGAUCGGCUCUACAUGAUGCUGCAAGCCAAGGACGUCUGCUGGCCCUCAAGACCCUCAUUGCUCAGGGCCACAGUGUGAAUGUGCUGACGAUAGACCACAUUAGCCCUCUUCAUGAGGCCUGCCGAUGUAAAGAGUUCCUAUGUGCCCGCAAGCUGCUUGAUGGAGGUGCAAAUGUGCAGAGAGGUUCAUAUAUGGAGACUCCUCUUCAUGCGGCAUCUCAGAAAGAUUGUCUAAGCAUUGUGAAACUCUUGCUGGAAUUUGGGGCAGACGUAAACGCACGCAACCUGCAGUAUAAACGGGCCGUUGAAGUUGCUCCUCCAGGGAGCCUUACAGAGGGUUUCCUAUUGAUUUAUGAAGCGACACCUCGUUCUCUGAGUCAACUUUGCCGUCAGCAAAUCAGGGAGAGGUUGGGACGUUCCCGACUGCAUCUUCUACCUCAUUUGCCUCUCCCUAAAGCAAUGAAGAACUUUCUACAAUACAGAUAAUGUCAUUAUGUUCACUGUUGUGGGUUAAUAAUACUAUAAUGAGGUUAAAUCAGAAAAGCAGUUUUACCUUUUACAUGUAACCACAACUACCUUAUCUCUGUUGUCUGAUUUUAAAAGAAUGAGCCAAUAAAAUGUCCUUGAUAUUUAACUGUUCAAAAAUUCAAUAAACUUGACUGAAAAA